GGAAACAAUUACUAUAUUUCCUAAAACACCCUUUAUAACGUUAACAUUAAAAGGUCAAAACGAAGUCGUAUCGAAGAAAGGACUGAGGUCGUCACCAUGUUCUCCACAGCUUGAGAUGCGGUCGCUUCAAUUUUGAAACCAAAAGAAACAACACAGAAAACGCUUUUCUCUCUCUCUCUCUCUUUCAUCGUCGAGCUUCAUCUUCCGGCGGAUCACACUCACCAUCGUUUUGCGGAAUCCAGAAGCGAUAUGUUUGAUGGUCUCUUAGGCCGCGGGUUUGCUCCCAAGGGAAAACCACUGAUAAAACUGACCAAGAAUAAGAUCGAUGUUCUUCGGAGGAAGAGGACUGCCACGAUCAAGUUUCUGAAGAGAGAUUUGGCUGAUCUCGUCUCUAAUGGCCUUGACGUUAAUGCUUAUAGCAGGGCUGGAGGUCUUCUUGAUGAAUUGAGGCAUCUCUGGAAACUUGACUUUGUUGACAAGACCUGUGAUUUCGUAUAUAAGCAACUCUCUACGAUGCAAAAGAUGGAGGAAUGUCCAGAAGAUUGUCGUGAAGCUGUGUCGUCGUUGAUGUUUGCAGCCUCUGGAUUUUCUGAGCUGCCUGAGCUGCGUGAACUGAGGCAAAUGUUUCACGAAAAAUACGCAGAUUCACUUGGAUUGUUUGUCAACCAAGAGCUUGUUGAGAGUAUGUCAUCAAAGCCAUUUUCUUUGGAGAAGAAAGUUAAGCUAAUGGAAGAUGUUGCAUUGGAGUUCUCUAUUCGUUGGGAUUCUAAAGCUUUUGAGAAGAGGAUUUUGAGUAGUAGUUCAUUAAAGGAGAUCCCAAAAAGCACUCAUGACAAGUACAAGCCUGUAGACGGAAGCAUGUCCUUGCACGGAAGCCUGUCCUUGCCACCAGAAAGAAAAAAGGCUGAUGCAUCAGAAAGAAGAGAUCCUUUGUUUCAGCCUGAUAAUUAUCAGAAUGGUCUCAGAGAACAUCAGCAUAGGCUAACAGCUAAAGAAAAGUCAGAUAAUGUUCGUCACGCCUCGAGAUCAGAGAGCAAGGACAAUAAGGCAGAAAGGAAAGAGAUUUAUAUGCAACCUAAACGAGAACCUUCUAGAGAAAGACAUCAACCAUUUUUUACCGAAGGUGACACUAUAGUAAUGAAGGUCAAGCGAGAGAAUCAGCAUGGACUAAUAACAUCUAAAGAAAAGUCAGAUGAUGGUCGUCACGCCUCCAGAUCUGAAAGACCUGAACCUAUAUUUAACGAAGGUGAUACUAUAGUAAUGAAGAUCAAGCGUGAGAAUCUCGUUCAAGGGAAUGUACAUCGAAAUGGUGAAGCUGAUGCGCCUAAGAAAACAGAGGUGACAGAGAAUCCUAAGCCUAGCAGCACGAAAAAAGCUGACAAGUUAGUUCUCGGCUUUAAACAGGAGAGUUUCUUUCAAGGAUACAAACAUGAGAAUUAUGAAGAGCAUGCACCACAGAAAGUGGAAGAUAACACCCCAAAACCUCCAAAGCCAAGUAGCAAGUCGAAAAGAACAGAGUCUAUUGAUUCAGGUCGUAGACAUCGCAAUGAUCAGGAGAGUAGAGAAAAUGCAGCUCUUGUUGGAGAGAGCACAGGAAAAAAUCAAGCUGGUGGUAACGUCAAGGUUGGUGAAUACGAGUAUGAUCGUGCAAAUGCAGCAAGGAAAGCUGAGGAGCGAGAAGCAGAGAGAAUGAAAUCAUCCUUCUAUAAAUCCCUUCCACCUCCGUAUGUUAAACCUAACGGUAAAGCCAAGAAUGAAAAAGCUGAAGCUUCAGUUGAUCCAAAGGCUCGGUUUGAUGGUGAAGAUGGAAACUAUCCAGAGACUGAUAAGAAGAAGGUUGCCUGUGUAGAGAGAGGAAAAGAAGCAGACCCUCAUCAAGUGAAUGACGUAGAUAAUCAGUCUCAGAAACGAAGGUCUAGUAGAAGAAAACACAUUCUACAAUCUGGUGGUGGUGAUGAUGAUGAUACAAGAGGCCGAAGAAGGGAGAGCUCGAGAAAAGGCCUUCAGGUCUUAAUUGAUGAGGAUGAGAAGGACAGCGAGGAAAAGAUGAUGGAUAAACUUCUCAUGCAUUACAGUAAAAAGCCUUCAAGCUACGAAAAGAACAAUGUGCAUCAUAAAAACGCCGAAGGAGGUGAAGAGAUGAUGGUUCAUCAGCCCGCCCGGUCACGUUCUCUACCCAAUGACCAAUUUUCCGGGCCAUCUGAACCGGUAAAAACGUUUGCCCGCGCUUCCACGUUUCAGCCUGAACGUUCCAGUGAAGCUAAGCACGUUCAUCCCAAGUUACCCAACUAUGACGAUUUGGCCGCCAGAUUUGCAGAGCUAAAAGGAAGAUACUUCUCCUCCUCCUCAGUUUCUUCCCGUCCUCUGCACGUCUGCGUCGUUGGGAGUGGACCUGCUGGUUUCUAUACUGCCGAAAAGUUGCUGAAGGCGCAUGAAGGAGCGCGUGUUGAUAUAAUCGAUCGAUUACCCACACCUUUUGGGCUUGUUCGGUCUGGUGUUGCGCCUGAUCAUCCUGAAACUAAGAUCGUCACUAAUCAGUUCUCGCGUGUGGCACAACACGAGCGCUGCUCUUUCUAUGGCAAUGUAAAGCUUGGUUCCGACUUCUCACUUUCUGAGCUGCGGGAUUUGUAUCAUGUGGUUGUACUUGCAUAUGGUGCUGAAAGUGACAAAGAUCUUGGCAUUGCAGGUGAGAAUUUGAGUGGUAUACACUCCGCAAGAGAAUUCGUCUGGUGGUAUAAUGGGCAUCCCGACUACAGCAGCAUGAAACCUGACUUGAAAAGGUCUGACAAAGCUGUUAUUCUUGGCCAGGGUAAUGUAGCUCUGGACGUUGCUCGGAUUCUCUUAAGACCGACAACAGAGUUGGCAUCCACUGAUAUUGCUACACAUGCUUUAACUGCGCUGGAAGAAAGUACUAUAAGGAAAGUGUAUCUCAUUGGAAGACGAGGACCAGUUCAAGCAGCACUGACUGCUAAAGAGCUCCGAGAAGUUCUCGGGAUUAAGAACUUGCACAUUCAAAUAAAGGAGACCGACUUGAGUUUAACACCUGCUGAUGAGCUCCACUUUGUUUUCUUCCGCCAACCUGACCGGUUCUUAGAGUCGGAUGAAAGCAAGGGCCAUGUUUCCGGUGUAAACUUGGAGAAAACCAUUCUUGAAAGUGUUGGAAGCGGAAAGCAAAUUGCAGUUGGUAAAGGAGAGUUUGAGGAACUUAAUUGCAGUAUGGUGCUGAAAGCCAUUGGUUACAAGUCGGUUCCAAUCAACGGUUUACCCUUUGAUCACAAGAAAGGUAUUGUCCCGAAUGUAAGAGGCCGAGUGGUUAGUGACACGACAGGAGGCAUAUCAGAGACAGAGCCAGGCUUAUACGUAUGUGGAUGGCUCAAAAGAGGACCAGUAGGCAUAAUUGCCACAAACCUUUACUGUGCCGAAGAAACGGUUGGUAGCAUAAGCGAAGACAUUGAAGAAAAAGGUGUUUGUAAGAGAGAGAAAACAGGAAGCAAAGGACUGAUGCAGUUGCUGGAGCAGAGAAAGGUGAAGACGGUAGACUUUAGUGGGUGGGAGAAAAUUGAUGCCAAGGAAAAACAAAUGGGGAGUGAGAGAAAUAAACCCAGAGAAAAAUUAGUCACUUGGGAGGAUCUUUUUGCAGCAGCCAACUAGGGACUGGGCGCCAAAAUAUCUUAAACUUAGCAUUGAUCUGGCUAAUAUAUUAUUGAUUGAAUUAUCUCUUUAAAUUAGGAAAACUCAGCAGCAUUAUGUUUGUUGUCUCGCAAUAUGCAUAAGAUUAAAUCUCGUUUUCUUAAAUAUCAAAUAAAGUUUACAGGUAUAUAAAAAUGUUGCUAAAACAAUAUAAGAAUACUUGUAUUGUUGUUUUUGUUUAUUUUUUCUUAAAUAAAAACAUGGAUUGUGUGGG